AUCAAUCACACCGAAAGGAGUUCUUCAGUGUUGUGUGCGGUGCAUUAUUGAAUAUUUAGUCCAGUUUGUAGCCCAGUUUGUUCAUUACAAAUCAAAUAAAAAUGAAAGUGUUUGUUGUUUUGUCGUGCAUCGCUUUGGCAGUGGCCAGACCAGAAGCUGGAUACUCAUACAAUCAGCCACAAAACUUUGGUGGAUCACACAGCCAUGGUGUCAGUGCUCCAUCAUUCGGACUAAACGUACCUGCUGCCGCCCCGGCUCCAUCGUUCUCCGGAUCUAGCUCAUUCUCACAUGGUGGUUCAUUCUCAGGCGGUUCAAGUGGAUUCGGUGCCGGUCCAUCGUUCUCUGCCGGACCAUCAUUCUCGUCGGGUUCAUCAUUGUCCGCUGGCCCAUCAUUCUCGGCUGGCGCCCCAUCAUUCAGCGCUCCUCAACAAUCAUUCCAAUCAUUUGCCCAACCACAAGCUCAAGCUGUUGUCCAAAAACAUAUCUACGUCCACGUACCACCUCCACAAGAAGAAGAACUCGCUCAACCAUUCAUUGCCCCACAACAAGCUCAAAAGCACUACAAAAUCAUUUUCAUUAAGGCUCCAUCAGCUCCAAGCGUGAGCCAUUACCAACAAUUGGCCCCACAAUCGGAAGAAAAGACCCUCGUCUACGUUCUCGUCAAGAAACCCGAAUCAAUCGCUGAACAAAACAUUCAACCAGCACCAAUUACGCCAAGCAAACCAGAAGUCUACUUCAUCAAGUACAAAGCACAAAAGGAACAACAAUUCCAA